AUGGCUGGGGACCUACGGGCUAUUUUGAAGAGAGAUCCUAAUAAGCAUAAUUUCUUCCGGGACGUAUUUGUCACUUCCGUUAUUGAGGACUCUGGCAUUCAUAAGGAGAACACUGCGAACGUUCUUGCAUUGGUUAGAAGGUUUUGCGAUAUUGUGGGAGGAGAGUCACGUGUCGAAGGUGGCACAUUAAAACAAAAAUUGGAACAACGCCGUGGAUUAAUAACAACCCCAAAAUCCAUAUGCUGGCCCGACCUAAAAGCGCAUUGCUCUAAGCUUCGAAAACAAAUUAGCAAAAUAUUCAGGCAUAAUCGCUUCUACCACACUGGGCAGGCGCCGAAAAUUGAAAACCUCAAGAAAGAGGACUUUGCUCAGAAAACGGCGGAUUGGAUUAGAAUGUAUCUGAACGGAGUGCGGAAACAUUUGAAUGAAAUCAAGGAAUACACGACCGGCGAUUUUGGUACACACUUCACGAAAAAUCUCUUCCCCUACGGAUUCACUUUUGAUAGCAGAACCCGCUUUGGAAUAACGGACACAUAUGCAAACGGUUUGGCAAAGGAUUUGUCCAGUGUAAUCGAUGAUCUUAAGAAAGGGGAUGACGGAUUGGAUAAGCUGGUAAGAAUUUUGGAAGGAACGUAUGAAGGAGCAUGUAAAAUAUCUGAGACCCUGCCUCCAAAAGCUGAUAAAACUCCCAGCCAAGGUAAUACGUCAGAUUCGUCACCUGAUGAUGAGGAGGAAGAUGACGACGAUGAGGAAGAUGUGGAUGCUGAGGAUCCUGGAGCACAGAACCAGGGGAAGAAAUCUGAGGCAGCACAGAACCAAGGAAAGAAAGCGGACGCAUCUGCAAAUCCAAAUAAUGGCCAAAGUGGAGAUGCGUCUACAGCUUUACCAGGUGGAAAGGUGUCUACAACUCCGUCUCCCGUUGGUGGAGGAGCUCCAGGCCCGCCAGGGCCUCCUGGUCCAGUGUCAUCGACUUCUUCUUCGACUAAAGAUACAUCAGUUACGCAAGGUGUUCAGCCUCAGCAACCUCCCCAACAAACUCCACUGACUCUCCCCAGUGCCCCUGCAAGCCCUUCCCUUCCUGGUAAGUCCGGUGUAACGGUUCAGCGCUCACCCGGCAAUGUUACUCCAAGUAUACAACCUGGUAUCACCCAAGGCAAUGACCCUAGUCAGUCUCCAAGUGCAUCAGGUUCAGAAUCUGGGCCAACUGGUGAUAAGGGAGCUGGGCAAGAUGGUGGUGGAGAUUCGGCAAGGGAGUUUGUCGAUUUCAACGGCGAAGAUAUGACGGAUAUGUCUGACCAUAACGUAAAGUGGGAACAUGAUGCAGACGUUCAAUUAAAAUCACAACAGAGUCUUUACGAAGAGAACCAUCGGAAAGGCAUAUUCACUGGAGGUGAUGCCACGGGUAUCUCCAAGAUUCAUCAGCGAUUUAGUCAUCAUCCAAGGAUACAAGCAACAGGUUACCCGUCACUGCCGAAGAGUAAAAAAACACUGCCGUUUUAUUACAAACCAGUUCGAAUAUCUUCUAGGUUGGACCGUGUAUACCCAACAGGCAUUGUCGUAACCCCGAUCAAAAAAAUAUACCCGUCGUUACAAAGUGAUGUACAAGGCGUAGUUUUGCCGCAGAUUCCCGAAAGUAAAACGAAAGUUCAGCGGCACAAAUUUAAACAAACAGACAGACCAAUUGUUGUUGAGACGUUACAUGAUCAGCCUCACGUUUCUGUGGUGGAUGGCAAUGGCCUUGACCCUGCUAUGUCUUCAAAAAGGGGCGUUAACGUCGCCAUUUCCGCGAAUGUCAUGCCACCAUUACCACGAGUUACGGUCAGCGGAGUGUCCCUUCCUAACGCUAAUCGAGACCCCCCAAUGCCACCUCACCCCGCCUCAAAAUUUCCUAAAAUGCCGGCCAUCGCUACUACCAAGACAAUUCCAAGCGCCAAAAUCCCAGUCCACCUUGACGACCUGAAUCCAUCCGUGUCAGCAGCCACCGGUGAGCCUAUUUCGGAACCAGAUCGAACUUCUUCUAUGCCACCUCUUCCCCCGAUUCCUGCCAAAGUAUACCCUCCUGAGACCGGUCAACUUGAAGACCAAUUUACGACAAGCAGACCGAACGUCGAAGGCGCUCCGAUUAAACAUACCCCGACCAACGUUCCGAUGGAAUAUGUUCCCGGUGGUUAUGGUUUUGAGAUGUCCGUAUUAUCUCAACCUAUAGGUCACCCUGUUCUCGACCACAAGGUAAGACCCAGCAGACAACCCGCUUCGCCACUACACUUCGAAGGGGGGCCACCACAACAAAUAUUUGAGCUGGAAAUCGAGAAGCCAUACCACUCUGGUACGAUAUACGGAGGCAAAGAACAUCGUAAUCCUAAUCGUCUCAUAAACUACAUUGAACAAGCCUCACCGGAUAAUACAUAUGGCGGCUCACCCCCGGCAACUCCUGAUGAUGACGGAAAUUCCAAAGAUCCUAAUAACUGGGGUAAAUUUCAGGAUUACGCUUUUAAUAUGUUUCCUAACCUGAACAUGUGCAGGGAUGCCUGGCAUUAUGUCUCUCAUUCUCCCACCCCUCCAACCCCCUCCCCUCCCCCAGCCUCGGAUCACCUGCCCCGGCCGACAGACGUCCGGGGGAUGCUCCACUGGCUGGUCGGCUUGAACCAAAAUGGGUAUAUUGAGAUUAUUAAGGAACGUAUUAAGAGCAUUUUGAAGGACAUUAACAACGAUUUCUCUCAGCCUUCAUAUGCCCUCGAGGUCACCGUGACGCCUCCCACCAAUCUGACCGCUUGCCAUGUCGCCAACACUCUGACCCAGGCAUCUCUCUACGCGGCCAUCGUUCUCCACAAGAUGAAGCAUGUUAAUGUGUCAAAUGACAUUCAGACAUUUUUCAAGGACCAAGAGAAUUAUGCUUUUUAUUAUUCCCCCUGCCCUGCGUGCCUCCUCUGCCAGCUGCGGGACUACGCCUACGCCUGCUACCACCAGUUGGCGUUCCUAAAGUCGCAGUGUUCUCGGGAUCAAUCUCUCGGUGGCUGGCAGGAUUGUGAGUACGGCAGUAAUGUAUCGUCUCCCAACUCUCCCCUCCAGGCCUUCCUGACUGACGCCUCCACAUCCAAGUUCAAGACGUACCCCUUCGACCGCUGCAACAUCUGCUGCAAGAGCCGUGUCAGGAUGGGAUUUGAGGAAAAGGAUUUGCCUAAACCUCAGCAAACAGGAAAGGAAAUUUCCACCAUCCUCUCUCCCGCCUGCGGCGGCGACGAUCCCUUGCUGACGUUGUGCUCUUACCUCACCUGCCUCACCAGGCGGACGCCUCGCACCACCGGGGAGCUUGUCUCCUUCUUCCACAAUUUCGGGAAUUCGCUUCAUGAUGUGUCUUCACAGCUGUCUCCACUGGGCUCCGCCCUCUCCAAGCCACAUCCUCACUGCCCCGACUGGGACAUCCUCGCUGCCGCCGACCUACGAGUCAUCAAGGACGCCAGGGGCUCCGCCCGUCCUACCGCCAUCCACGACAAGGACCAUGCCGAGACCCUGUCCACGCUGCUUGGAUGCAAGGUUAACAACGUCCACUGCAGUCCACAUUGUUCGCCCAUCACCUACCGGGCCUACGCAAUCUACUCACGGAGCUUCGCCCACACCUACCUCAGCUGGACGGUGUACCUGGCAGACAGACUGUGGGAGUCACUGGAGAGGUUGAUGAGAGAUUUCGAGAGGCUGAAAUGUAACGAGUUCAAAUCACUCCACCAGUGUGACAAGGCCCAACCCCUCCUCUACACUCACGGGUUCACGCCACCAGAGGGCACAUCAAAGCCGUCACUCACGUGUUCGAAGUUCAUAGCCAAGGUGGAGGAAGUGGUCGCCGGUGUUCCUAUCGCAAGCCUCAUGACCGCCAUGGACUUGUUCCUCUACGGCAUCCGGGAGCCUUUCAUCUACAUUCUGUUCACACUCUGGCUCAUCGCCACGCUCUACAUCUCCCACUCACUACUAUACCGCAUCGACGUGUUGCACGUCCGCUCCCACCUCCUCACCAUCAGGGCCUCGCACCUCAUCGACGUCAAGGCGCUGCUCGCCGGAAGCCGCAGGAUGCUCUCACUCUACGAGGACGUCGACUACUUCAACGACGGCCCUUUAGAGGUACUUGACAUCAGAUAA